ACGCCACUUGGCCCUCCCACCGACGAGGAAUCCGAUUGGCCGGGACGAGUCGUACACCUGCGCGCUUCCCUCGCGGCAAACUUCAUCCCCGGCUUCCUUCCCCAAAUGACGGCGCCAUUCGGACGCGGUGGCCUGCUGCGUUUGUCAAAUAUUAAGCUCUGGCCUAACCGCGGAGGAAAGUGAUGGAGGCAGCGCAGAUCUCCUCGGCGCAACCUUUUCUUCCUCCUGCGCCGCCGCCGCCCCCUCCUACGCUUUCUCGUCUCCUGCCCCCGCCGCCCUCGUUGCAGCGGCGCUCCAUGAAAAAGCUCAACUGGGACACCAUCCCCAACCAGCGCGUGCUGGGCAAAGUCAACGUGUGGACGUCGGCGCUGCCCCCCAGAGAGCUGGUGCUGGACACCCACAGCAUGGACGAGCUCUUCGGCCACGUGGACCGCCGGGCCCAGAGCAGGGUCGGCUUCAGGAGACCACGCCGCGGCGACGGCGGCGACGGCGGCGCUGACUUCCGCCCGUCGCAGCCUCAGGUGAGCAUUCUGGACGCCAAGAAGAGCAUGAACAUCGGCAUCUUCCUCCGAUCUUCUAAGAGGCCGGCGGCGGAAAUGCUGGAGGACAUCGUCCGGGGCGAGUGGCGCGGCGGCGCCGACGGCGGCAAAUUGACGGAGCUGUGCAAGCUGCUGCCCGAGGAAAGCGAGGUGAAGCGGCUGCUGUCCUUCAGCGGGAACCCGGCGCUCUUAUCCGAGGCCGAUCGCUUCAUGGUGCAGCUGGUCAAGGUGCCGCGCUACGAGGAGCUGCUGAGGACCAUGCUCCUGCGCCAGGAGUUCUCGCCUAUCGUGGAGGAGGCGAGCAAGUCGCUGGCGGUCAUGAUCCAAGCGGCGAAUGAGCUGCUGGACUGCGACAAGCUUCACGCCGUCAUCCGCCUGGUGUUGAAAGCCGGCAAUUACAUGAACGCUGGCGGCUACAGCGCCGACGCCAUCGGCUUCAGGAUGACGUCGCUGCUCAAACUGGCUGACACCAAGGCCAACAAGCCGGCCGUCAACCUCCUCCACUAUGUCGCCAAGCAAGCGGAGGACAUUGACGCCGACCUGCUGACCUUUCCCAGCCAGCUGGAGCACAUCGGAACAGCGGCCAGAGUGUGCCAAGAGGACGUGCUGGCCGACUUGGAAAGACAAGAGAAGAAGCUCAAGGAGGUCAAACUGUGCGCCGGCAGACAUCCCCACCUCCACCGGCAGAUGGCGCCCUUCCUCCAGCGAUGCGACGACGAGCUUUGCCAGGUCAAGUCGUUGCUGCACGAGCUGGACGUGUUGAGUUUUGCCGUGGCAGAGUUCUUCUGCGAGGACCCUCAAAACUUCAAGCUGGAGGAAUGCUGCGCCAUCUUCCACUCCUUCGGCCGUCGCUUCGUCGCUGCCGUGCAGGAGAAUCGCGAGCGCGAGGCGGCCGAGCGGCGUCGUAAGAGCCGGGAGAGCGUCCGCCUGCCCGCCAAACGCGCCCCCGCGCCCCCGGCCCCGCGCUCCAGCCUGGAGUCGGCCUUGCACAGCUUCCUGUCCGCCCCCUCCAAGGGAGCCUCCGCCGGCAGGUCCCGGAGGAACUCCCGUUCCCCGGCGCCGCCGGAGCUUCCCCUUGAGAACCGGGAAGCGGCGCGGGAGAGUCCCGAGAAGAAAGACCCCAAGGACGGCGAGAAAAGUCCCUCCACCCCUCGGCCCAGAACCAGAGACGUUUUCUUCGCCGACAACGGCAAUGUGGGCUCGCCGUGGACCAUCCUGAGCCCGCUGACGUGCUCCCGGCGGCGGCGACGAGGCGUCUCGGACGACGGCGUGUGGGAAAGCGCAUCCGGAGGUCCUCGGGGCCGCUCAGCGUCGGCGGGCUGCGCGCGGCAGCCGACACCGCUGCCUGCCGCCGCCGCCUUCCGACUGGGGACUUUGUUCCAGAGGGGCGCCGCCCAACGCUCGUAUUCGUCCGGCGCCGAGCCGAACUGUGUCGGGAAUCCCGUCGGCUCUUUUGGCUUCGUUUCCUUCUUCAGACGCUUCGGAGGCAAAAGGGAGGCGGAGGAGCCCGGCCUGAGAGGGGGAGACACUUUUGUCUGAUUUCUUUUUUUUAAUAAAUAAAAUGUAAUUCCAAUUCUUGUAUUUGAAAUGGCGACUGGGAACUUGUCUUGGACAUUUUGGGAGUCAGUCAGCACUCGGAAAUGCCCUUUCUUUCAUAUUGCAUUUUGUUGAAGGUCCUCUUUUUCUGUCUCUGUGUACAAUAAAUGACACAUUGCUCCCUUUUUA